CAUUCUGCCUAUACUUUAUCCAUUUUCUUCUAAACAAAACUUAUCCAAAAAAAUAAAUCACCGACUAUAAAAAUGUUCAAGAAUUCUAUUCUUUUCACAGUUUAUUAUUUUCAUUUUUAACCUUUUCUCCUAGCAGUUCGAGACAAAACACUACCAUUCUUAACGCCAAAUCCUCACUUCCCGUUGCAUCCCAGUUUCAACUUUCAUCAAGUAUUGGCUCUUUCUUCACAGGUUCUGUUUGAAUUUAUCAAGAAUACUCCUGCUUAAUUUCAUUUUGUGCUUCAGAAAAUGGUGGAAGGGGCUGUCAUAAAACCAGACAAGACAGAAUUCAAAGAAUGCUGGAAGAUGAUAUGGGAGACUCCGUACAUUAUGAGACUUGCACUCUCAGCUGGAAUUGGAGGAUUUUUGUUUGGUUAUGAUACAGCUAAUAUAUCCGGUGCUCUGCUAUACAUCCGCGAGGAUUUUGAAUCUGUUAACAAGAAUACAUGGCUUCAGGAGACGAUUGUAAGUAUGACUGUGGCAGGAGCUAUAGUUGGAGCUGCAUGUGGUGGAUAUAUGAAUGACAGGUUUGGAAGGAAAAGUUCGAUCUUAUUUGCUGAUGCUGUGUUCUUCAUCGGUGCACUAGUUAUGGCAAUUGCUCCAGCUCCUUGGGUUAUAAUUUUGGGAAGAGUUCUUGUUGGUAUUGGGGUUGGAAUAGCAUCCGUCACAUCACCUCUUUACAUUUCUGAAACCUCACAUGCGAAAAUUCGUGGUGCUCUUGUGAGCAUUAAUGGUUUGCUUCUUACAACUGGGCAAUUUCUUUCCUACCUUAUCAAUCUUGCUCUGACCAAGGCCCCUGGAACUUGGCGUUGGAUGCUUGGGGUGGCUGGCAUCCCAGCUGUAGUACAGAUUUUUCUCAUGUUGUUACUUCCUGAGUCCCCGAGAUGGCUCUAUAGACAGAACAGGGUAGACGAAGCGAGGAGAAUCUUGGAGAAAAUAUAUUCUUAUGAUGAAGUGGAUAAAGAGAUAACCGCUUUAGCUUUAUCAGUUGAAGCUGAAAAGGCAGAUGAAGCUUCCAUUGGUGAGGGCAUGAUAUCUAAAGUAACAGGUGCAUUUAAAAACACAGUAGUCCGUAGGGGACUCUAUGCAGGUAUCACUGUUCAGGUUGCUCAACAAUUUGUGGGUAUCAACACUAUCAUGUACUAUGCUCCGACCAUUGUACAAUUUGCUGGAUUUGCUUCAAAAUCGAUGGCUCUGUCACUCUCUCUCAUCACUUCUGGCCUCAAUGCUGUUGGCACUAUUCUUAGCAUGGGUUUUGUUGACAGAUUUGGAAGGAGGAGGCUGAUGAUCAUUUCUAUGAUUGGGAUCAUAAUUUCCCUUGUGGCUACAUCCGUAGUGUUUAUGGAAGCUUCUGCUCAUGCUCCUAAGAUUAGUUCAAUGGAGUCUUUACAUUUUGGUCCCAAUUCUACUUGUCCAAACUUUGUGGCAGCCCCUGAUCCAUUAAAAUGGAACUGCAUGUCAUGCCUGAACGUAGAUUGUGGUUUCUGUUCUAAUUCUGCUAGCAUAUACCAUCCGGGAGCAUGCCUGCGUUCAACCAAGGCUCUGAAAAGUGCAUGUGGGGAAGAACAUCGGGUGUUCUUCGAGCAGGGUUGCCCAAGUAGAUUCGGAUUUCCUGCAGUUAUACUCCUGGCACUGUACAUAGUUAUUUAUGCAUUUGGAAUGGGUACUGUACCAUGGAUAGUGAACUCAGAAAUAUACCCACUGAGAUAUAGGGGCGUAGGAGGGGGGAUAGCAGCAGUGUCGAACUGGGUAGCAAAUCUCAUCGUCAGCGAAUCAUAUUUAACUAUGACAGAACAUCUUGGCGCAGGAGGCACAUUUUUAUUGUUUGCUGCAGUUUCUAGUAUUAGUCUCCUAUUCAUCUAUCGAUUUGUACCUGAAACCAGAGGCCUGAAAUUCGAAGAUGUUGAGAAGAUGCUCGAGAAAGGCUACAAGCCAGGCUUGUGUGGUGGUGGUAGUUGUGGCGGCCGGGGCAAGGGAGAAGGGAGGGAAGAGAAGGGCGUUGAUUCUGUAUAAAAAGCAACAGGGGUGUUUUAUUUUAAGGCAUCAAAUUAAUGUCUGGAUUACAUUCUUGUUAAAGUUUAGUCUUUUGUAUUAUGGAUAUCUUCUAGUUUUCAUGUUUUGAUGUUGUUUACAAUGUUUCGGUAAAAAAAAAAAAAAUUAAAUACAUAUUUUAAUCUUAAUUUAA